CCUAAUCUUCGAAUGUUAGAUCUCUCUUCCAAUGCCUUCACCGAAAACUUACCAACGGAUUUGUUUCAACAUUUGAAAGCCAUGAGGACAGUUGAUCAAACUAUGAACUCACAACAUUAUGAAGGAACUGAUGGAUAUUACCAAGACUCAGUAGCUGUCGUAUCCAAGGGAUUUGAGCGUGAAAUAGUGAGAAUCUUGUAUUUGUACACCGUUAUCGAUCUUUCAAGUAAUAAAUUUGGAGGGCAGAUUCCAAGUAUCACGGGGGAACUCAUUGCAGUUCACAUAUUGAAUAUAUCACAUAAUGGAUUGGAAGGUCAUAUACCGUCAUCACUUGGAAGUUUAUCUUUGGUUGAAUCAUUGGACCUGUCAAGUAACCAUCUUGUAGGAGAGAUACCAGCACAAUUUGCUUCUCUUACAUCUCUUGAAGUCUUCAAUCUUUCCUACAAUCAUCUUGAAGGGUGCAUUCCUCAAGGAAAUCAAUUUCAUACCUUUGACAACAAUUCAUAUGAAGGUAAUGAUGGAUUACGUGGAUUCCCACUUUCAAAAGGCUGUGGUAAUGAUUCAGUAUCAGAGACAAAUGAUACCGUUUCUGGACUAAACGAUGAAGAAAGCAAUUCUGAAUGA